AUGACACUCUCCACUCCGGGUGCCAGAAGCCUCCUCAAAAGUCAAAUAUAUCAAUUACCAAGCACCACCAGCUGGACCCUGUCAAAAACAUUCUCAUUCCCCACUCUGCAGCUCAUCCAGAACAUCCACCGCCCAUCACUUCGCAACGCCACACCACAAGCAUGCAUGAAGAAAAAGCUUCAAUUCCCUGCUAUAUUGCUAUCAUCAUCAUCACCAGCCAGGAAUCUUGACUCUAAACGUACUCCAUCCAUCCCCUUCAACCAUAAUGAAGCCGAUGUAAUCGAGAAGAACAUGCUUGAUGAUGGCUUCCGGACAUGGGGCCUUGUCAUCUAUAGAUGCACCUACAAGAGCGACUCUGACUGGGAGGAGUUUAUGCGUCGUUUUCUCUAUCAUGUUAGAGAAACAUUCAACUAUUACGACGGCCUUGAUAUGCUUGAUUCAUUCAUGCCUACUGUUAUGGACGACAAGACGCGGUUUGAUGGUGUGACUCCAUCUAUUGUGCGUGAUUAUUUCAACCAAUGGGCGCGUACUGCGUGUGAAACUGAGCAAGGGGUUCCAUUUCAUCGUGCCCAGUGGGCGAAUACAGCACGGUAUAGAUUCUGUAUCAUGGUUGAUGAGGAGGCGUUGCAGUCUGUUCUGGACAUUCCACUUGAGGAUGUGGAUGAUUAUAAUAACACUGGCUUUGUGAUUCUGGUUAAUGGCAGGUGGGAGCCAGAGCUCCUAAGUGAAGAGGAAUUAGAGGGUUAUACCAGUCCGCCGCCAGAGAAUAAUUUUGAGCCAGUGCAGGGGUGCACGCUGGAAGAUGUGGGCUGGAUGAAGGUGUGCUAUGAUCGGGCUCAGAUAGUGGCCUCUGCUUUUAUGCGCGAUGGCCUUGACUGGGAGGCGCAGUAUAGGCGUCCUCCUGAGAUUACUUUCAACUUCUGA